UUUGAAAUAUUUAUUUUUUCGUAAUGUCACAGAUCUCUAAAUAUUAAUUGUUAGGGAAGGUUGGAUCUGGCGUUUAUGGAGAUGUCUAUAAAGCCAUAAAUACUUCGACAGGGAAGAUUGUUGCUAUAAAGAAGAUAAAGAAGCAGGUUGUCGAUAUAAAUUAUAUUUAGUCACAAGAUUAGGGGAUAUCCUAAGUAGCUUUGAGAGAAACAUCAAUAUUAUAAACAGUGUAAUGUGAAAAUAUUGUGAAGUAAUAAUUAAAUUGAAAUAAGAUUGAUUGAAAUUGAAUAUGUUUAGGAAUGCAUCAGAUUGGUGAUGGAAUUCUAUGAUGUUGACUUGGAUGCCUAUUUGAAGUCAAAUGUAUUGGAUAUGUAAAAGAUUUAGGUAAUUUUGUGAAGUUAUCAUAAAUAGGAAAUUUUACACGGGAUCUUAAAAGGGAUGAAUGAGUGCCAUAGAAAGAAGUGCAUGCACAGAGACUUAAAGCCCCAGAACAUAUUGAUAAGCAAAGAUGGUAUUGUAUUGUUGAAAUUCAUUUCUCAGGCAAAGUUAAAAUUGGUGAUUUCGGAAUGGCUAGAUCCUUUCAGUAAGUACCUGGAUCCUACACCUAUGAAGUGAUAACACUUUGGUACAGACCACCAGAGUUGUUACUCAAGCCUUGUUGUUACACAACAGCAAUCGAUGUCUGGUCUAUUGGGUGCAUAUUUGCUCAAAUGGUCCUUAAUGCCCCUUUAUUUGCUGGAGACAGCGAGAUUCAGUAGAUGAAGUUGAUAUGUGAGAGUAUAUCGUCGAAGUAGGAUGAUGUUUAAGUUUUAUCUGUAUCUUAUAAUGAGUAAUAUAUAGAAUUCUUAAUUUUAAGAAGAAUUGGAACGGAGGCUGGAUUAAUAAUUCUAAAACACAUAGAUGACUUAGGAUGGUUUGGAUUUGUUGAAGGUAUUAUGAUUGGCAAUAAUUAAUUAGAAAUUAUUGUAAUUGAAUCCAGCCAAUAGAAUUUCUUGCCAGGAGGCUCUGAGACAUGUAAUAGCUUUUUAUAUAUUUAAGCCAUUUUUUAAUAACACAUAAGAACCAGAUGUUGUGGAUGAAAAUAUGGAUUUAUUGUCUGAGUAUUUUAAAGUGUAAUAAUGAUGGAGAGGUUUGAUUUCAAUUGAGG